AUGAUUUGGCAGGCGAAGUGUAAGAGGAUUCUGAUGCUGACAGAGGUGAUGGAACAAGGCAAAAAGAAAUGUGAGCAGUACUGGCCGACCAAGAUGGGCGAAGAACUCAAGCACCCGUCUGGAGGUGUCGGCAGAGGACUCGACUCUUAUUGUAGAGAACAUACUGUGGCAGGGAUGGCCGGAUCAUGGCGUGCCGAAGAUUUUUUUGAGCCGGCGCAUGCUCAGCAAAUAACGCGGAUCCCUGGGUGGUGCACUGUUCCGCGGGUCGAACUGGCACGAUCGUUGCUCUUGCAAUGA